AUUGCCAAAGUGACUGUGUUUGUUAUUGUGUGUGUGCUGACAUUGUUAGUUGCCAGUCCAGACAGCAGGUUGAGCAAAGCAGGACUUUUUUCCAUUUUUGCCACUCAAAGCAAUGAUUUUGCUUUGGGAUAUCCCCAUUGUUGAUGCACUGUAUGGGAACACAUACCCCGAGUAUCUUCAGUACAUUUACCUGGUUGCUCCAAUCUCUCUUAUGAUACUAAAUCCAAUAGGGUUUGUGUUUUGCGAGAUUCAAAAGUGGAAAGACAAUCGUACUUCACAGCAGAGCAAACUAAGAAUUAUUGGAGUGGUGUUGCUUCAGGUUCUGAAAAAUCCCAUUGUUUUCAUGGUCAUCGUUGGAAUCUCAAUGCACUUUAUCCUGGGCCAGAAGAUUCCUGCUAUUAUUGAGCAGUUUGUGGAUGGACUGGGAAAUUCCUUUGGGGGCUCUGCCCUAUUCUACCUUGGCUUGUCUAUGGUGGGACAAAUUAGAAAACUUACAAAAUCUACCUUUGUAUCUCUUAUCCUCCUGAUAACGGCAAAGCUCCUUGUGAUGCCACUUAUAUGCAGAGAAAUGGUGGAAUUAUUAGACAGGAACAGCAGUACAGGAAACCACACAAGUCUGUCAAACUAUGCCUUUCUCUAUGGAGUCUUCCCAACUGCACCAAGUGUAGCAAUCUAUGCAAGCCAGUAUAACAUGGAAUUAGAAAUAGUCACCUCAGGAAUGGUAAUAAGCACAUUUGUUUCUGCCCCUAUCAUGUAUGUAUCUGCUUGGUUAUUAACUAUUCCUUGGAUGGACUCCCAACUGCUUCUCUCAGCACUUCAGAAUGCCAGCUUUGACAUAAGUAUAAUCACUUUAUUUGCUUUGGUAUGGUCUGUAGCAGUCAUGAUUCUAAGCAAGAAGUUUAAAAGGCUCCCUCAUUUGUUUACCACAAAUUUGCUUCUCGCACAGUUUCUGGUCUGCGUUGGAAUGAUUUUGUGGAAGUUUAUCAUCAAUCAAAAUAACUUUAUUGGUCAGGUUCUGGUAUUCAUUUUGCUCUACAGCUCCCUUUACAGUACUUACCUAUGGACAGGGCUAAUAGCUCUUUCUUUGCUGCUGUUAAGGAAGGAUGAUGAGCCGAAGAUACGCAUGGCAGCUUUCAUAAUUGCAGGAUGGGGAAUCCCAGCCUUCAUCGUGGGCAUGCUUCUAAUUGCGGGACAUAAAAAUGAAGAGACACUGGAUUCUGCUUUUUUUUAUGGAAAACCUCAGAUUAUGAGUACAGCAGUUGUUCUUUUAUGCAGUAUAGUUGUGGCUGGCGUAUCUCUAAUGUUCCUGAGUCGCAGCUACCAGGAUUCAGAUUACCAAGUGCUUGAUCAAACAUCUUUACCUGGAACAAGUGAAGACCUAAGACCCCUGGACAAUCAAGAAUCUCCUCAAGUCAGAGGAACUGUGUCAUCACCACAGCUUGAAGCAAGUAUUCAAGAAGACAGUUGCCCCUGUGGAUUGUCAAAUGGUAAAACGUGCUGUUCUUCUGCACCUGUGCCUGAUAUGAUUGCCUGUCGUAGCAGAAGUGAUGCUCCAAAUGGUCAAGCAGGUCAAUGUGUGAGACACUGUGAGUCACAGAGCUGUUUGCUGGUGUUAGAAGAGCAGAAAUUGCAUAACACCGAUAGACAGCUGGCCAGACAUGUUCUCCUCUGUCUUUUACUUAUUGUUGGACUUUUUGCAAACCUCUCUAGUUGUUUGUGGUGGCUGUUUAAUCAGGAACCGGGACAACUUUAUGUAGAGCUGCAGUUCUUCUGUGCCAUUUUUAAUUAUGGCCAGGGCUUUAUUACGUUUGGCAUUUUUGGAUUGGAUAAGCAUCUGAUAAUUGUGCCAUUCAAAAAAAGGAUUGCAGGCCUGUUUAUGGGUAAAGAAAAGGUGGAUGAGAACGAGUCUGCGGUGUCGGAGGAAAUUAGGAUGACCUGCAGACAAUUUGUCAGGUAUCAUAAAGACCAGUGUGUCCGGGAUAUCGUACAGCAGAGAAGGUGUGGCAUCAGGACAUCCGCCGACAUCUUUUGCGGUUGUGACCUGGUAGACUGGCUUCUUCGUGUCGGCUUGGCACACGAUCGAGGAGAAGCAACGGAAUAUGGUGAACAACUGUUACAAGGAGGCGUUCUGCAGCACAUAUCAGGGCAAUAUGAAUUUCAGGACGACAGUCUGUUUUAUCGUUUUAAGAAGUUAAAGAGAAUGGUGUGAUGACUGAAGAGCUGGGGCAUCUAAGGAAGUAUUAUUGUUUCAAUGGCACCAAUUGGAGUGCUACACAAUCUUCAGGUACACUGUGUCAAGCUUGAAUAUGAGGACUGUGCAUAUAGCAGCACUUAACAGAGCAAAAGAAAAAAAUUCACGCCUUUGAAAUUUAGAUAUUAUUCACAUUAUGCACAUGUUUAAGCUUUUAAAGACCAAGAGAUGCAGUUGCCGGUCAAACCAAAAGUGGUGUGUUACUCCAUGUAUGUUUACACAGAUUUUGAAUUUAAAAACUGAAGAAAAUGCAACGAUAGAAAUGUAUUCAUAAUAUAUUAAAUAUUGUUAUUUUACUAGGUGAAAAGUUUCAAUAUUGCACUCUGGAAUGUGACUUUUUUUAUUUCCCUUCCCUAUGCGUUGGACAGGGUAUUUAAAACGAUAAAAUAAUUAAUUAAUAUAAAGAAAUGAUGGUGCAAACGCUACACUUGUUACUUUUAUCAUUUCAUUUGUUGGUGAUAUUAAUCCAUUAACUGUCGGGAUCCCCACUUGGGGGAAUCGUGUACUUUAAAUCCACCUAGUAACGCCAUCUGUCAGUCACGUAGAAAAACAAGAUGUUCACGUGCCCUGUGAAAGGGAACCUAAAGUCACUUCGUGCAUGUGGUGUGUUGAGCAGCACAAGCUCAUUUUUUCCUGGUCCAGUUGCCGUUUUUUAUCGGAAAAAUGAAACCUGUUUUUUUUUGAAAGUAGAAAAGAUGUUACCCACCGAGGCUAAUUUUGGUGAAAGUGAAUUUAUUUUGAUUCUUGGUGAGUGUUGAACAUGAUAAUGGCACUUUUUCAAAUCACUGUAAUUUGGAUGGGUACAAUGGACCCAAAAUGGGGUACAAUGGGGCUCAUAGCUGUUACUGACUAGAAUUUCAGCAAGUGCAGGAUAUUCAAAAUGAAAGAGCAGAUUUCAAAUAAACUGUGUAAGCCAGAAACACAUUCUGCACAUCAAUGGAUAGAAGAAAGUUCAAAGUUUGGUCCUAGGGUCCUUGAGGCUGCUUGCACUCAAUAUGAGCCACCAUGUGUAGCGCGACAAACAUCAAAACGGUAGACCAUUUCUUGCCACACAUGAGACAACUGGUCCCUAGUUACUGAAUUCAAUUUGAU